AUGUACAAAAUAUUUUUCUUUCUUAUAAAUAUUUUAUAAAUAUUUUAUAAAUAUUUUGUGCUAUCUGGGAAAUUUCUAAAUGAAUCAAGGUACUCGAUUCGUUAGAUCUUAGUCCUUCGUGAUUUUCGUGCAACGUCCUUGGAAGCGAGUGCUUCGUCGCGUUCGAGGAAAAUCGAAGGAGGCCGAAGAACGAUCCGGACGGACGUCCCCGGACGUAAGGGUAUAUCGCGUGUGUUUAUCCGUCCGCAGGAAGCGAAAUUUUCGGCCGCACAAAUGCGGCCGCACGUGCGAUUUCGCAUAGGGGGGCGGUGCAGCGCGCCGCACGGGAUAGAAAGAGAGAGAGGGCGGCCGACGAGAGGGUGGAGUGAUACGUUCCGGAUGGAAGGGAGCAUCCCCCUACCACCUCCGCUCCUUCGCCUCCAGUCAGCACGAGGUGAGAGAAUGGAGGACGGCCAGGUGAUUCAGACGCGCGUGUCACCCCGCAGAAACUGAUGUUCUCGCGAGCUCACUCGGAAUCCUCGACGAUCCUCGCCCCUCGAAAGCUUCCUCGGAAAAAUCGUCCCGCGGGAUCCUUCAAUUACAAGCUGUGCCCGGAAGGACGGAAAGUUCCAAUGAAGUCCCGUGAAGUUAAUUCGCCCGCACAUGGCACGGGGUCGAGUGAAAAAUGAACUUCAGCUGGACGAUAAAAAGAAGUAAGAAGAAAAAGAAGCAAGGGAUAAGUGUGAGGGGAAAUUUCGAUUUCUAGAAUCGCAAAGCUCCGCGAGUUGUUGGAAAUUCGGACAGUUUAUUUGGGUUUUGGAAAUUCUACGAAAACGUGCUCGGAAACGUCUCCGUAGCUUCGAAUCUGACGGCAUUUCGACGGAGGAAAUCCCGACUCUUUCUCCCUUUCUAAGAGAAUUCAAGAUCUACUCAUCCUAGAAGGCAAGCGCAGAGACUUGCGAGACUCAGUCUUCGGUCUUUGAGAAGGAACGUCUGUUGAAUCGCUUUCGAAGGAAUUCUUAUAUUUAAGCGGAGAGGCUUCUCUCGCGGUGCACCAUCCUGCGUUUCACUUUCGAAGAGAAGUGUUCCACGGUUUUCCGUAUGAGCCAUCGAGCCUGCGGAUCAUAAACCCGUUAAAUGUCCGCGAAGAAGACGAGGAGGCCGUCGUCGCCGCGGCGUUUCUUCGCGCGGCUCUACGGCCACCUGGAGGCGACGAAGAAAACGGAGGACGACGAGGACGAGGACCAUGCGAGGGGGAGCCUGGACUCCUCGCCGGAAAUCACGGGGAAAGCGUCGCACGCGCCCCCCGAUUCACCCGAAUCACACAAAAUGCUGCCUGUGCCACACUCCAAGGACCUCGAUAAAGUGCCAAACGACGUCGCGAGUAGUAAAGUAUUCGAGGGCAAGGAGACGAGGAGGGAUUCGGUACUCACAGGUGUGAAACUGCCUUUCCUGCACGGACUUCUUCCGCGCGGGCCCGGUCAGACCUUCCAUCUGACGCAGCUCGCGCAUCCGCCCACGCUGCCGUCACAUCUUCACGUUCUGCCGAACCAUCAGUCCGUGGCCGAGCACCACUUCCAAGGAUUCUCAGCCUUCCUGGCGCGUAGAAGAAGAAAAGAGGGCCGACCGCGAAGACAAAGGACGACAUUCAGCGGCGAACAGACACUGAGGUUGGAAGUCGAGUACCGACGGGGAGAGUACAUCUCGAGGGGACGGAGAUUCGAGCUCGCAACUUCCUUAAGACUUACCGAGACGCAAAUCAAAAUCUGGUUCCAGAAUAGGCGCGCCAAGGACAAAAGAAUCGAAAAGGCGCAACUAGAUCAGCAGUACCGGAACUUUGCGGUGUCGAACGGCCUAGUGAAUCUGCCGCUUUACAGCGCGACAGGAUUCUGCGGCCUCUGCCUGUACAAAGAUACCUACGGAUCGGUGACCAACCACUCCUGCAUCUCCGGCAGCCCCGUCGUCGCCGACUCGUCUUCUUUGAAGGAUCAGCCACGUUACAGCAGCAGUGGCAGCGAGACGUCCGAUAAUCCACCGAACCUCGUGUCCACGACUUAAUUGAAUUGCAAAUCGUUUAUUUAAAGCACACCGAAUGAGUUUGCUUCUUUUCUUUUCCCAUUUAUGCAAUUAUUACGCGGUAUAGAAGCAGUUUCAACAAUCAGUUUUCGGCGUGUGCGAAAAGAUAUUUAUGAUUUUAUAAAAUUGCCAAUAUAUAUGGAACCAUAAAGAUUCAAAUCCGAGUCGAACAUUCGUCGCUGGAAAAAUGACACUCAAACGUUCUGGAUGUCGGUAAUUAAAUAUACAAACGAAAAAUGCAGUUCAAUAUUUGAUGAAUCUAACGAAAUUGAUUUUGUUAUUGCUAAUAAGUAGCACCCGGAAGAUUUUAAGUUUUGAAAAUUUGUCUAAAUUGUCUUGUUAAAAUCUUUCAUUUUACGUGUUGACUUUCGCACAUAGGAAACAAUGAUGGGAAAAUUUUCCGCUCAAAACAUGCUUUGCUCAAAUGUACGGAAAUUUAUUUUUUUAUGUAGAACACUUUUUAUUAACAAAGUUGGAUUACUAAAGUGGUUUGUAAACUUACCUUUACUUUUUUCUUGUUUCCUGCUCAUUAGCACGCCGAGGAUAAAAUCAAUUUAAAAACGAUUUUAAAAAAAUAAAAAACAACGUUAAUUAUCAAUUAUCAAAAUCCGAUUACAAUUAAUCGUGAUAGUAAGGUAACGUAUAGAGUUGCAAUUAUUAAUUAUAUAAUAAUUAUAUAAUAAAGUAUAAGAUUUGAGCACGUUUCAUCUGUAAUUCUAAUCAAUAAUGAGAAUACACGAAACUGCAAAAAUAUAUAUACAAUUUUAAUUAUUGAUUAUUAUUUAUUUCGCAAAGAAUUCAUAUGUAAUUAGUGCAAUGCGUUAUAAUAAGUAUCAAGUAACUUUUUAUAGUUAAUGGAUAAGUACAAUUUGCAUGUAUUUCACGAGUUGGAGGAAAAUGAAAAAAGGCAGCUCUGUAGACUAAAAAAUGUUUAUUAAAUGUGUAAAAAUAGUGUUACAAUCUAAAUACAUACAAUAUUUUUAUUAUAUCCUAAAAAAUCCCAAAUUUCUUUUAAUUUUUAGGUUCUCUACAAGUUUGUUUAACCACCUUUCAAUUCUGAAAAUUUAAAAAAUGCAAGAAUUUUCGCUCCAAGAGAUUCCAUACAACCAAAGAGAGAAUUGAAAAAGUUUACCAUUCAUCAAUUAAGUUCUUGGUUUUCUAAAAUCUCUUUCAAUUUUUUCUUCGUAGAAAUUUUCAGAUUUUCGUAUUGCUAAUAGCCUCAUUAUCAAAAAUAUUUUUUGUAAUUAACAUACAGUAC